GGAGGACUCAUCUCGCUGGUGUGCACGGUGUGCCCGUGGCAAGCUCCGCCACGAGUUCCGGACACCCCGGUACUUCAUUCACCCUGACUUCUGUCAUUCGAGUGCUGAGACCUGAAGUCCUCAGGGCCGAAUUGAAAGAGGAACAAAGGCCCCUGAAAAAUCUUUGGAAGCCUCUCUAAAUAUAUCCAGUGGUGGUUAAGCAGCUAACGGACAUUGAUCCCAACAGAACUAAUUGACUGUGUGAAUCAAGCCAUUCUAUCCCAUCCAGAAGUUGAAGCAUCGUCCUUUGAUAAAGCGAGUGUCCAUAUAAUCAGAGGAUGGCCUUUCAAUUCAACUUUAGUAUAGAAGAGGAUGUAGAAAAUAAAUUAACACCCCUUGGAGAUGGAACUUUGACCCUGGAUUCAUCAAAAGAACCACCGGUCUCCAAAAGUCAAAACGGAAAGCAGGACAGAAAGUGUUCUGCAGAACAGUCAGACUUGCUUCCCGAUGGCUUGUGGGAAUCCUCUAUGGGAAAUGCAGCUUCCUCUGAAGACACCGACAGUGCAGCUGAUGGAUCAGGUGCUAAAGAACAUGCUAUGCCUAAAGAUUUAAAUCAAGUCUUAGAAAAUACGGUUACAGAAAUGUUGCCGGGUCCCCAUGUCAACAUAGCGGUAGUGAAAACGGUCUUGUUGAAAGAGAAAUUCCCUGGAGAAAACAUAGUUUCAAAAAGCUUUUCUUCUCAUUCUGAUCUGAUUCCAGGUGUCUAUGAAGGAGGAUUGAAAAUCUGGGAGUGUACUUUUGACCUCUUGACUUACUUCUCAAAGGCCAAAGUGACAUUUGCUGGGCAAAAAGUGUUGGAUCUUGGGUGUGGAUCGGGAUUGCUUGGAAUAACUGCGUCCAAAGGAGGAGCUAUCGAAGUUCAUUUUCAAGAUUAUAACAGUCUAGUGAUCGACGAAGUGACCUUACCUAACGUAGUCGCUAAUUUCCCUUUGCAAGAUGAGGGCAAUGAUGUAAAUGAGCCAGAAGGGAAAAGACAAAGGAAGUCAAAAGCAGCCCAAGAAACAUGUAAAUGUCGGUUUUUCUCCGGGGAGUGGUCUGAGUUCUGUAAGCUUGUAUUAAGUGAAAAACGUUUUGCAAAAUAUGACCUCAUUCUCACCUCAGAAACCAUUUAUAAUCCAGAUUAUUACAGCGCUUUGCAUGAAACGUUCCUCAGACUGUUGAGUAGGAAUGGCCGGGUGCUUCUGGCCAGCAAAGCACAUUAUUUUGGUGUUGGUGGUGGUGUUCAUCUCUUUCAGAAGUUUGUAGAAGAAAGGAAUGUAUUUGAGACUAAAACACUUGAAAUAAUUGAUGAGGGUCUCAAGAGGGUCCUAAUUGAAAUUACUUUUAAGAAUCCCAGUUAAUAUAUAGUGGCCUAAUGGAAUAAACAGGAACUCAGAACUUGUGACUGUUUAAUCUCUUUUUUAUUAUUUUUUUCUGAAAUUACGGUGUUUGUAUGGUUCUGCUUAUUAAAACAACUGCUUAUUAAAACAAUAAGCCAUGUGUUUUCUAUGUAAAACUGCAAGUUUGCCUGAGCAUUUGAUGAGCUCUUGAAUCACUUUGUACAAAAGGUCUUUCUCCAUCUUCAUUCUGCUUGAACUUUCUACAGUCUUUAGCACUCCAUAAACACGUUCUCGGGGACUAUUCCCAUUUAUUAUCAAGUCUAUGAAUCUCUCUACAGUCUUUGUUAGUUCCUCGUUCACAUGAAGUGCCUGGCUAGAUUAGUAAGGACGACUGCAUCCCUGAGUAACACUGAAUUUAGGUGUUUGGUUGAAGGCUUAUGUAACUAGGAAGACUUCUUUAUUGCUUUCCAUUGUGUAAAAGCAUUAGCAUUAAGAUGAACUCACAGGAAUCUGACACAGAAUGUGACAGUGGCUGGGGAUGUGGUGUGGGACCAUGGUCUAUAUUCUGUCAAUUAUAUUGUAAAUAAACGCCGAUUGGCCAAUAGCCAGGCAGGAAGUAUAGGUGGACAAGCAGACAGGAAAUAGAGGCGGGUCAAGGAGAACAGGCGAAUUCUGGAAAGAGGAAAGCCCAUUCCUCUGCAGUCCCAGCGCAGACACAGAAAAAGCAAGAUGUUACCUGCUCCACUGAAAAAGGUACUGAGCCAUGUGGCUAGCAUAGACAAGAAUAAUGGGCUAAUAUAAGGUAUAAGAGUUAAUAAGAAGCCUGAGCUAAUGGGCCAAUCAGUUUAUAACUAAUGUAGGCCUCUGUGUGAUUUCUUUGGGACUUAACGACUGUGAGAGCCAGGCAGGACAGAAAACUCAGACAACAGGGAUGUAGCUUGGUGGUAGAGUGUUUGUUGGAUGCACAGGAUCCUAGGUUCCAUCCAUAGAACUUCAACAUCAACAACAAAAUGUAUGGGUGGUAAUAAAGAAACAGUACUUAAAGUUAACUCUCACCCCUGUAAGCUAGUAAGAGACCCUGAGACCUUGGAGGGAAGACAAAUAGGGAAGAAGAACUUCAGAUUCUGGCCCUACGUUCCUCAAGAAAGAAAGGGAAAGAAGAAAUUGUACUGCUUUAGUUGAGCCUGGAACAAAAAUUUCCAUAUCACUAAUGAAAUUGAGAUCUGCCAUGUUAUAUAAACAUUUUCUUCCUUGGAAGAACCCUACGCCAUGCUAUAUCUUGGAUUCAGUGUGUUUACUCAGGAGAUCUCAACUAUUUCCCUUUACUGGGGCCUUGAGGACUUUUCUUUAGGAAAGCACACACACACAUACACACUGCCAUCAUAACUUGGGUUAUAAGUCAGCUCAACAGAGAAGUUGCUCUAAUAAAAAAAAAAAAUCCAGACAUGCAACUUCUAGAAUUUACAUGCAUAAGAUUCUGGAUCUAUUUUACAUAGCAUAGAAGCCUAUGGAACUCAUGGGGAUAAAUACUAUACAUCUGGAAAUUCCAUCAGCUCACUGGCACACCACAUCCCCAUCCAUUAUCUGAGAAUCUUCAGCAGGAGUUACAUUUUUUAGGGAUUUGCUUUUGUUUCCUGAGCUUUCCACAAACAGAAUUGUAUUUCCUGUUUGCUUUGCUGAACUCAAAUUCCUUUAGGAUUUCCUCAGCGAGAGCAAUUUUCUUAGCUCUGGAAAAUACAGCAGGGGAACAUUUCUAGGAAGGGUGGUACAGAUGUUUCAAACACCUGCAUUUCAGCUCCUUUAACAGGAAAUGCAUCCAUGCCUGAAUAUUAGCAUUAGAAUAACCACAUUCUUAACUGCUUUUCAUUUCCCAGAUGGGAGCCAAUAUCAUGUAUAACCUCCCUCCCCCCAACUUCAGAAUGUUAUCUUGAUUCCUUAUGCAAUUCAGUAGAAAUAGAAAAGCUAGCUCAGGUUUACCCCAACGAUGAUGUGGGGUCUAAACUAUCCGCCCCACUUGUGUUCUGUCAAUAUUUCAUUUCUUCUGCGAGCCCAUUCCAAUCCACGUUGUCUCUUUCAAUUUGUUUGAUAUCAUUUAUGAGUGUCUCGUAGAUGUUUUAGUCUAGCCAUCAAAUUAAACAACAAAGCAAAUGCAAGAAGUUCAGUUUUAAUACUUUUCCUCAGAAAUGUUCCUGAAUGAGCCUGCUACUCUAACCUACAUAAUGCUUACAUUUUUUUCUACAGUAUUUUAGGAAGAAUUAAGUUCCCUCCACCCUCGGAGACACUUGGUCUCAGCAUUCUUCCCUUUGUAACCAGACAACUCUAGCUUGCUCUGACAUCUACCUUCAGUCCCAUUCUAUCAAGAAUCCAUCGAGGAUUGCCUGUAUCUAGAGUCAUAACCAAACAACUCUAGCUUGCUCUGACAUCUACCUUCAGUCCCAUUCUAUCAAGAAUCCAUCGAGGAUUGCCUGUAUCUAGAGUCAACAAUGUCCGUUCUCAGUAACGUUGGUUGAUGAUCUGUGUUUCUCGUGAGACAUGUUUGCCGACGUGCUCUUCAGUAAGUCAGAAUGCUUCCAGUUCUACUGCACUCCUUGUGGGCCUUUAUAAAAGCAAAAUCAUGAGCAGACAUGCCCCCAAUCGUAUCUGUGCCCUGUGUAUACUGUUUUACUGGGACAUGUGCAUUUCCUUUGUUGAUCAAGGCAUUUUGUCAAGUUUAAUUUAUAAAGGGUGACAUUCAACAAGGGUCCCUAG